GGCGGUUUCAUCAACUGGAACACCUUCAAGGCAAAUGGAGCCAACCUUGGCGGAUGGCUCGAGAAGGAGCAGACUCACGACCCUAUCUGGUGGGCCAGCGUCGCCAACACCUCCACCACUCCUGACGAAUGGACUCUCUGCGAGACCCUCGGUGACCAGUGCGGCCCCACUCUUGAAGCCCGCUAUGCCUCCUUCCUCAACACUUCGACUAUUGACCAGCUUGCCUCCGUCGGCGUGAACACCCUCAGAAUCCCAACAACUUAUUCGGCAUGGGUUGAGGUCCCCGGAUCUGCUCUCUACCACGGUAACCAGCAGCAAUACCUCAAGACCAUCACCGACUACGCCAUCAACACCUAUGGCAUGCACGUUAUUGUUGGCCUUCACUCGCUCCCUGGUGGUGUCAACAACCUCGACAUCGGUGAGGCUCUUAUGCACGACGACUUCUUCUACAACACCACCAACCUCAACUACGCCUACGACGCCGUCGAUGCCAUUCUUGACUUCAUCAAGGCCAGUGGAAACCUGACCUCCUGGACUCUCGCCCCCAUCAACGAGGCCUCUGACAACCUCGCCGGCUUCGGUACUUCUGCUGGUCUCUCCGACAAGGGUGCUCAAUGGGUUGCCGACUACACCACCGGUGUCCUUGCUCGUGUUGCAAAGGUCGACAGCCGUAUCCCAGUCAUGCUUCAGGACUGCUUCAAGGGCACCGCUUUCUGGGAGCCUUACUUUGACGCCUCUGCUAACCUCGUCAUCGACUCUCACGUCUACUACUUUGCUGCAGCUGGUACCUACUCCCAAUACGUCGCUCCCGCAGUCUGCGGUCAAGCCGCCUUCAUUGCCGAGUCCACCAAGUUCCCCAACUUCAUUGGAGAAUGGGCAUUACAGACAAUGUACAACAACACUUUCGCUGGUAGACAGUCGAUCUUCAACACCCAGCGUUACGCUUGGAGCAAGUACGUCAGUGGUGGCAGCUUCUGGACUGCUGUCUCGUACUCCACCGCAGCCGUCGAUGGCCAGGGCACUCAGAGAGAGUACUGGUCGUACAUUGACCUUAUCAACGAGGGUGUCAUUCUCCCAGAGUCCAACUUUAACGGCACUGCCUACUGCUAG